AUGAAGUUCAUCGGUGCUCUCGCUGUCUUCGCCGCUGUCCCCGUAGUCAUGGCGGACUGGUACAAGAUCACGUACGAUACCUUCUACGACACUGGUACCAACUCUGUGAACAACUUUGCGUGCUCGGGCACUCUCGACAACGAAGGUUAUACUACUGCCAGCUCUCUCCCGGGUUUCCCUUUCAUCGGAGGAGCGGGUGUCAUCACCGGCUACGACGCUCCUGAUUGCGGAACUUGCUGGCAAUUAAACUACAACGACAACUCGAUAUACCUUCUUGCAAUCGACUAUGCCGGCGAAGGCAUCUUCAACAUUGGGAAGACGGCAUUUAACACCCUUACUAACAACAACACCAACGGUGUUGUUGAAGCGACUGCUUGGCAGAUUCGUCAACGCUCCAUAUCUCCUACUUCCCCGCUCUCCACGAAAUUACUUAUGAAGUACGCUCGUCCUCUCACCACCGCUUCCAUCUUUGCAUUCUCUGUAAUCGCGCAGGAGAUAUACCAGGUUACAUAUGACCCGGUAUAUGACAACGCAUCUGCACCCGUGAGCGAACUGGCAUGCUCUGGCAUCCUGGAGUCUCAAGGAUACACGGACUUCGGAUCGCUCCCGGCCUUUCCUCGCAUUGGUGGCCCCGUCUUCAUCUCAGGUUACAAUACUGGGCUAUGUGGGAGCUGUUGGAAAUUGACUUACGGGGAGAACAUCAUCUACUUGUUCGCCGUCGACUACACCGCGAAAGGCUUCAAUAUCGCGCAGACCGCUUUUGAGGAACUCACCGGGCAGUCUACAGGAAUCGUAAAUGCGGUCGUACUGGAGAAAGAUGGAGAGUUCUGCGGAUACUAUGGUGCUGAAUAA